UGGCUGGGCCGGAGGAGGCCGGCGACAGCCUGAGGAGAAAGCGUUACCGCCUCAACAGCAGCAGCAGCCGCGCUAGGCCACUUCCGCGUCGCGAGGAGGAAAGAGGGCGGGAGCAGCUCCGGAGGAGGCGGGGAGCCGGAUUGGACACCCAGGGCAGCUCAGAGACUAAAACAAAAAACUAGAUCCGAUGAAGAAGACUAUUUAAUCCAGGACUUUGCACAUACAGAGCUACAGAAUCAGAAUGGGGAAAUGCCAACCUGCAGGGGUUUCCUUGCUUGCUGAAAGGGAAUAAAAUGGGCCUGAGACAGACUCUUCUCUUCUUCCUCCUGGCAGGGGCCAUCACCGUGCUUCAGUGCCAGGAGCUGUUUGUACGUGUUAUCCACAGUGGCCGAGAAGGUCAACUAAGAAGAGGCAGAUGCAGAGACCUAUUCACCAAACAGACCUACAAUCAGAAGGAGAGUUGGCUCCGCCGAGUCAAAGGGAGAACGGAAUAUUGUCGGUGUGAGAACAGUGGCAUCUUCUGCCAUGCAGUACCUGUCAAAGGAUGCAUAAAGCCACUUUGCCUCCAUGGGGGCCGCUGCCAGCAAGCCUUGUACUCCCCCAACCUUUUCAUUUGCUUCUGCCCCCCAGGCUUCUCGGGGAAGUUCUGUGAAAUUGAUACCAGAGCUGUGUGUUACCAGGAUAUAGGGGACACAUACAGGGGGACCUGGAGCACCACGGAGAGUGGUGCAGAAUGUGUGAACUGGAAGACCAAAGCCUUGCGCUUUAAGAGAUUCCACGCAGAUCGUCCAGACGCCUUGCUGUUGGGGCUUGGUGAUCACAAUUAUUGCCGAAAUCCAGAUAAAAGCUCAAAACCCUGGUGCCAUGUCCUUAAAAAAAAUAUGUACGUCUGGGAAUAUUGCAGCAUUACAUCCUGUGCCAACCAAAAACAUUCCUGUGUUUUGGGAAGAGGCACUGACUAUCGGGGCGGCCAUCACCAAACAGCGUCUGGGGUGACCUGCCUGAGAUGGGACUCCCACAUCCUUGACAAGAAAGUUUACAACGCCUUUCAUCCCGAUGCCCAUCAACUAGGCCUCAGCAGCCACAACUACUGCAGGAACCCUGACAAUGACACUCAGCCAUGGUGUCAUACAUUCAAGAAUGGUGUGACCAAAUGGGAACAUUGUGAUGUGCCAAUCUGCUCCACUUGUGGACUGAGGAAGCACAAAGUGGCUGAGAUCCAGAUCAAAGGAGGUGCAUAUUCAUAUAUUGAGUCCCACCCGUGGCAGGCGGGCAUUUUUGUGACCAACCGAGGUGCAGAAGGUUAUCAGUGUGGUGGGAUCCUCAUCAAUUCCUGCUGGGUCCUCUCAGCUGCUCACUGCUUUCCAAAAGGGAGCAUCGAUCCCCAACGCAUCAAAGUCGUCCUGGGUCGGACGUUCCGCGUGAAAUCAUCAGACACAGAACAGGUUUUCCAAGUAGAGAGAUAUAUUACACACGAGAAGCACAACUCCAGGACUUUGGAUAAUGACAUUGCCCUGCUGAAGUUGAAAGAACAUUCCGAAAAGUGUGCCACAGAAACUGACAGCGUCCGUCCCGUUUGUCUCCCCGAAGCUGGACUCCAGCUGCCCGACUGGACGGAGUGUGAGGUGUCCGGCUACGGCAAGCACGAAAUGGCUUCUCCUUUCCACUCAGAACGUUUAAAGGAAGGACACGUGAGGCUCUAUCCAGACAGCUUGUGUACAUCUGCACGACUUGCCAAAAGGACGGUCACCGAGAACAUGUUGUGUGCAGGAGAUACCCGACACCUCCAUGACGCCUGCCAGGGCGAUUCGGGAGGCCCCCUGGUUUGUCUGCACGAGGGCCGCAUGAAGUUAAUCGGCAUCAUCAGCUGGGGCGUGGGUUGUGCGGCGAAAAACACGCCGGGCGUUUACACGAGAGUGGUUCACUACCUGAACUGGAUCCAGGAGAACAUGCGUAACUGAGAGCCUGUUGGGAUUCCUUCCAGGACCUCCUUGCAUCAGGGAAUCACACACUGGAAACCGGGCUGGGAAGCUGGUGUGGCUCUUGGGGAGGAGGACACAUACUUUGUGCGGUGCCUCUCUGCUGUAACCAUGCAGUCUGCACGGCUGUGCUAGGAACUGGGCUCAAAUGAUAGUUUUUUUCCCCCCAAGAAGCAUUUCUAGGCCUAAGACCAAACACUGACAGGUAGUCCUCAACUUACCAACACAACGGAGCCCAAAAUCUCAUCGCUAAGCGAGACAGUUGUUAAGUGAGUUUUGCCCCAUUUUACCACUUUUCUUGCCACAAUUGCAAAGUGAAUCACUGCAAUCGUUAAGAUAUUAACGAAGGGGAAUAUUGGGGUUGAAAUGGGGGGUCCUUGGUGCUCUCUGAGCUUGCAGACGUUUUGUGACCCUAACUAGGUUAACAUCAUCAGUGCUAGGAUGGGAGCUGUCAGUUUGUAUUCUGGGAUCUUGCCUGUCUGGGUGGUCUUAGGGAUUCUCUGGUUGGGCUGUUUACUAAUGGCUCUGUGGCAAUUCCUUGACUGGGGUGUUGCUUCCUUGACUGUUGAUCUGAAUGCUGAUUACCAGUUUUGGGGACUGGUUGAUUGCCUCUUUUGCAUAGUCUACAGAUGUUGCUAAUGUCUAUGUGUCUGUUGAUGGCGGCUUUGCCAGGCUUCUAGAAAUCCCCUGGCGUUUUGGGAUUUGGCCUGCUCUAGGACUGUCACAUUUCCCCGGUUGAAACUACGGUUAAAUCUGUCGAUCUGUUGUGAAAUUAAAGAAUGUUCAUCGUGCCUUUUGGCUGCCAGAUAUGAACACAGUUGUUAAGGGAAUCUGGCUUCUCCAUUGACUUUGCUUGUCAGAAGGUCCCAAAAGAGGAUGAUGUGACCCUGGGGUGCUGCCACCGCCAUAAAUACAUGCCAGUGGUCAACCAUCCAAAAUCUGAUCACAUGACCAUGGGGAUGUGGCAACAAUCAUGUGAAAAAUGGUUGUAAGUCACCUUUUUCAGUGCUGUUGUAACUUCAGUCACUAAACUAAUUGUUGUAAGCUGAGGACCACUUCUAUUUGUCACAACAACAUCUGAGAAUUGCCUCUGCCUCUAGUCUUCUUUGGGAGACUCUGAGUAGAAGGAUCCUAGGCUGGCCUUGGGGGUUCCUCAGAUAUGCCUCCCCUAGUUGGUUUUUUGAAAAAAAACUGCUUUCUAUAAAUUAAGGGAAGCACUUCAAGGUCUUUUCUACCAUACUGAAGAAAUCCUUGGGGGAAAACCAAAUCAUAGAAUUAAUUACUAAUAUAUAUAUUUAAAGGAGGACUCAGUAGUCACUUUGGGCACCCCCUCUCCCUAAAACUUCAAAAGAUUAUUUUUAUACUCUCUAAAUAUUUCACAUUCUCUGUAUAAAAUCAAAACCCCACUUUCCGAUGUGCAAAGUGACAGAGCUGUCUUCUGCCCAUCAAGAACACCUUUGAGAAUUCUUGUAUGUUUUAAUGCAUUAAACUAUUUUACGUUACUUGAA